GCACGCGCCGCCCAUCGCUGACAGCGGCCCGCGGCACCUGGAGCGCCGCGCUAGCGAGCCGCCCAGAGCCGCCAGCACCCCGCCGGGGGAGAGGAGGCUCGCAGCGCCCAGUCCCGAGGAAGGCGUUUCAGGUUGUCUUGCUGGAGAUCAGCGAUGCCUUAGCCUCCUGUUCCAGAACGCCUGCCUGAUCCCACCCAGCUGCUGGUAGGUGAUACUCGGAUGCUGUUGCCUCUCAUCGAGUUUCUGACGGACGGAAGGAAACCAAGCUGCGUCUCUGACUGGUCCAGAGAGGAGGUGCGUGUAGGAAUGCCGCUGUAGGCAUGAGAGACCUAUCUGGCAAGUAAUGCAGCAUCCCGAGAGACUCUUCUUGACAUCAUCCCGCAGACCAGCACUUUCUCCAGGCGAAGGGCGCUUAGGAUUUUGCUCUCAGCCACCUCAAACCUUGGCCUAGCUAAAGAAGACUUCUGCUGCAGACCUGCACGAGCUAUCAUUUCAUUUCAGUUUUUGCUUUUUUUUUUUUGGAUCCUCUGGGCCAUAGUCACUGUUGUUCAGCUUUGAGAAUUUUAAGCCAGAUUGGUUCCUGUCGUUUCUGUGUUCGCUUUUCAAAAUGAUCGACUUAAGCUUCCUGACGGAGGAGGAGCAAGAAGCCAUCAUGAAGGUUCUGCAGCGGGAUGCUGCCCUGAAGAGGACUGAAGAAGAGAGAGUCAGACAUUUGCCUGAAAAAAUUAAGGAUGACCAGCAGCUGAAGAACAUGAGUGGCCAGUGGUUUUACGAAGCCAAGGCCAAAAGGCACAGAGACAAAAUCCACGGUGCAGAUAUCAUCAGAGCAUCCAUGAGAAAGAAGAGGCACCAGGUAGCAGCCGAGCAGAGUAAGGACAGAGAAAAUGGGGCAAAGGAAAGCUGGGUGAAUAACAUCAACAAAGACGCCUUCCCGCCCCCAGAGCUGAGCGGCGUUGUGCAAGAGCCCGGAGAAGACGUAGCCCCCGCAAGCCCCAGUUCCAGUGCGGUAAAUCCAGCUUCCACCGUGAUUGAUACAUCCCAGGAAAACACAAGGAAGUCAGAUGCGUCUCCAACCAAGCAAAGGAAGAAUCCGUUUAAUAGCUCCAUGUUGCCGGAAGAUCACUUAUCUCAACAAACCAAAAACGAGCAGUCACACAAUGGAAGGGCUGGUUUCUUUCAGACUUCAGAAAAGGAGUCCAAAGAAAAAUCAUCUCGCCUGGAUAUUUCAAGUCAAAAGUUAGAGAAACCAGAGCCGACUCUACCAGGCCCUGAGAAAGGGUCCCAAAUCAAGCCUCCAAUCCCCAAAGCCAGGAGAAUGAUGUACAAAUCACCUGACCUAAAGCAAGAUGAUAAGCAGUCCCUUCCUAGACAAAGGACAGACUCCCUGAACACAAGAGGGCCUCCGCGAGGGAUCCUGAAACGCAACUCCAGUUCCAGCAGCACAGAUUCAGAAACUGUUCGUUUCCAUCAGAGCUUUGAACCCAAAAGCAAAAUCGUGUCCCCUGGCCUAACCAUCCAUGAGAGGAUUUCUGAGAAGGAGUGUUCUUUAGAGGAUGACUCCUCCUCAAACUCGCUGGAGCCAUUAAAGCACGUGAGAUUCUCUGCGCUGGAAGAUGGACACCCACAGAGUCCAGAGCUAGUCCGUGGCCGUGAGGUGGGAGAAUUUGGUGUUUUAGAAUCUGACACGUUGAAGAAUGGAACAGAAGAUGCUGGGGACGCAGAUGAGUUUUGGAAGGACCCUAAGCCCUCGCAGGACAGAAAGCCUUUGCCUUUUCAGCCCCCAGCCGCAAGCCCAAGUGCAUCAAAAAGUGACACACAUCAGCCAACAACUUCUGGUUCUUUUCCAGUUAAUGAGCACCAUUCUCCCAAAGAAGUUCUCACUGCAAGACCACAGUCCACUGAGAAUCCACACACCCUUGGUGAACACAAAGCUAACUCAUCAGAAUUGUUAAGGCUUGAGUCAACAUUGUCGCAAAACCCUGCUGAUGAACUGUCUCACACUGAGCCUGAGCCUUCUCAGGUGCCAGAUCACAGUUCUAGAGACCAUCAGCAAGGUAAGCCCCCUCCUCUCAAGGCCCUAAAAGCUAAGACGUCCUCACGCUCUGGUCCAUAUGCCACUGAGAUGAGGAAGACAACUGAUGAUUCCAUAUCUAAAGUCCUAGACUGGUUUAACCGAAGUUCUCAUUCAGAAGACAGUAAGUCAUCUCUCCAACAUCCCCGAGAAACAGAGCCCAAAGGAGAAACAAACUCAAAGUCACAGAUUGUGGUUGCCUUGGAGACAGAUGAUAGCAGUCAAAAAGAAAAUGGCUCAAAGGCUCUAUUAUCCACCAAAGUGAAAUUGACACCUGUGGUAUCUGAUUCAGCAUUUCAGAUGGAGGAAAAUAUGCUGCCUUCUGAAAAUUGCCAGGACCACAAGGUGAAUGUCAAACCCAAAUCUAUUAAUUUGUCCCAACAAGACAAGGAACAUCCAGGCAUACUGCAACCGUUUGAAAUCUAUAGUCCAAAUCAAGAGAGUAAAACUGUGGACUAUAGCCAAGGUUCAAAAAACAUAGAAGGAACUGGGGUACUUCCUCCAACCCGUAACUAUUCUCACAGUGUUCACAAAGGAUCUCAUGCAGAAGGCCAGGCUUCAUGCCACAUUAAGGAUGUUGACAGCUUAAGUGAACAAGAGCCCAAGCUUCAUGUUUAUGAAAAAAACAGAGGAAAGUCGGAAGUGAAUUUUGAUUCUACAGCAAUUGCCAAAGAUCCAAGUUUGAAAGACAACAUGAAGGCAGAGAGAGAGAGCAAAGGAAGGGAUACUUACAACCUAAAAGCUUCUUUAGAACCGGAGAAGACUGAACUGCCACCUGAGGUGGCCAACAAUAAGUCUUGGAAGAAGCCCGAGGUCCAGCUACAAGAAGCUGGUGAGGUUUCCCAGAACCAAGUGCAGCGAGAGAAAUACAAAAGAGUGAGUGACAGAAUAUCGUUUUGGGAAGGUGAGAAAACUGCUGCUAAGAUAACUCAUAAAGAACCCACAUCUUCAUUCAGUCAGGAACGACCUUCUGCUAAUGCAUAUCCGCCUGUGAAGUCCACCAAUAGUUUAUCUACAGGCCAUAGUAAAUAUAAUAAUCAAGUCACUGCCAAACCAGUGGUCCUAGAUAAGGAUGGCCAAGCAGCCCAUCUCUCUGGUUUUUAUUCCUCAAAUAAAGAGACCAGGCCCCAAGUAUUAGGUCCAUCCAAAAAUUAUCCUUCAGCUGACCAACCAGGUCAAGUGUCUCUGUUUCAGAAUAAGACAACUGAGCCUGUGAAAAGAUUACCAGUGCCAGACCAUUUGCAUUCUGGAAAGGACAUUACUUUACCGCCACUGCCACAUCCUUCAGAUGUUGGGAGUGAAAUACAUACCUCUUUGGAGAAAGACAGAUCUCAAAUCGAUGAAUCGAAUCCCAACUUUAAAGUUAUGUCCCUAAGAGAAAGAAUGGAUGAACCCAGUGCAGAACAGGUCUAUAAUCACUCUCAAUUUGAGAAUCUGAGGAAGUUUUGGGACUUAGGAGCCCAGUCAAACAGUCAAGAUACUGUGGAGGAGAAUACUACCACCAGCAGCCAAAAAAAAUCUGUGCCUUUUAAUAGCCAGAAACACAAAGAAUUCAGUGACAUUAAGUCAUCAGGAAAAAAUACCCACGAAAGAGAGAAAACAGUUCCGGCAAGAGAGGAAACAGAGAAAUUAAAUUCACAGAGCACACUCCAGGUGUUACCAGAUGAAACCACAUUUCCAUUGAGACCACCCAGAAAGUCCACUCAUCAGUUGCCAGGAAAUGAAUCACCAAAGGAAAACAUGGGAAAAAAUACGGAACCGUUUGUUACUCCAGAGUUCAAGGAAGAAAAGGAUUACUCUGACCGAAAGAUGCAAGAGAUUCAGGAAUCCGUAGUGAAAACAAGUGUUUCGUCCCAGGACUACAAAGACACUUUUAACGACAGCUUGCAGAAGCUGCUUUCAGAAGCUUCGUCCCCAGGCAUCCAGGCUUCUGGUGGAAAAGUUCAUGAAAAACAAGUGCUUGAACCAGGGGUUUCUGAAAAGAGGAUAUGGCCUCCAAAGACAGAUUCUGCUGCUACUGAGGAAGAAGCCGAAGGACCUAAGGAGGUCAUUCAUGAACUUAUAGACAAAACAGUAGCUCCUCCCAGGGUCAAACGGAACGCUUUGACUGCGAGUCUAGACAAACUCCUGAAGGAAACACCUGGAACUCCACCCUCGCCCUUGCACACCAAGUGUGAGCUCGUCACUACUAGGAUCAGCGCUGAGUCUGAAGAGCGUAGAGAGGUUGCAAAGGGGAUAGAAGGGAAUCUGAAUACACCAGUCUAUCAGAGAGAGAAAAUAGCUCCUUUGCCAGAGGGGGGAGAAACUUGGGGAAAGACGGCUCCCUCCCAGAAAGCUCGGAGUGGUGAGUGCCCGCUGAAGGUGGCGAGCUCAUUUCGCGUGGGCGCAGAGGGUUCUCGCCCACUGGAUCAGCCUCCCCAGUGUCACAGAAAGGGUUCUUGCAGGGACGUGGCCAACUCUCCCCAAGACAGGCCCUCUUUCAGGGAUGCUCAGCUUGCUCCCCAGGAUGAGGCAUUUCCUUCCCAAAGGGAAAUCUCAGAGACUGUAGAAAAGGUUGUUAUUCCACCCAAACCUGCACUGACUGACGUCAGGGCUGCAUUACAGAAGCUCUUUAGAGAAGCCUGUUUGAGUUAUCCAGCUGAGAGGGAAGUUGUUUCUGGAGUAGUAAACGCAGAAUUUCCUGAGAGCGUGCAGGUCCCAGGUAGCCCCCCAGAUUCUCUGAGAGUUAGCCCACCAUGGGCUUCAGUGGACACCACAGUUCCAGAGAGAAAGAACUUUUGUGCCUUUAGCGUAGUUCCUGAUAAAACUCAUGAAGCUGGGUCUUGGUCAGCUGCCCACAUGUCUCCAACAGAGCAGACUCUUAGCUCAUCUGCUUCCACUGCUGCUCGGUACGGCCCAGAGUUACCUCAGGAAGUGACAGAAAGUGUGAGGGAGACAGUUGUUCAGCCUAAAUCAGAGCUCCUUGAGUUCAGCGCUGGCUUAGAAAAACUACUGAAGGAAACAAUUGCAACCCCCUGUUCAAGACAUGACAGUGAUCCCAGGGCUCUUGAUUCAUCUGAGCUAAUAGGUAGUACUGAGGUGCCCAGGCAAGCUGCUCCUGCAUUCCAUCCUAAGGAAAUAAAAGAAACAAUAAAAAAGUCUGAGGCCCCAUCCAAAGCUGAGGGUGCUUUUGAUAUUGGUUUUGAGAAACUCCUUAAAGAAACAUUUAACAGUUGUCCUUAUCAGCUCCCAAUGUCAGUGAAGGAUGAAACUCCUGAGAAGGAGCUUUCCCAGUCAAGGCAGGAGAGGUGCUUGGGGAAAGUGCCCCCCUUUUCCUGGACAGCCUCAGGGGCCUCUGGAAUGAAGCUCAAGAGUCAUGCUUUCCGGUCCCACGUCAACCAAGGUGGUGAAGAGUUGGGAAGAGACAAAGCUGUGGCUGAUGGAUCCAUAGAUCUCUGUGGUUCUGAAAGUGGGAUUGAGAUCCCUGGCACCUCACAACUGUCUGUGGACCAUGCAACAGGGACCACUGAAAUGAUAAACCCCCCAGAGGACAGGGAUAGUGAGAGGGAGGUGGCAGUGGUUCAAGAAGGGGCUUCUCAGGAGCCAGGUUUCAAAGAGGCUCCUGAAGCAAUUAGUUUGCCCAGAAGUGAGCAACCCUUCUUUCCUCUCCUGACGACCGCAGAAAACUCUAUGAAAAUAAGUAAAGUUGAAUUGAUUCUGGCAUCACUGUAUAAGAGAGCAGGGAAACAUGAAGAAAAAGAAGGCGUCUCUGACUCUGAUUUUGCAGAUGGAAACAUCAGUUCUAAUGCAGAAAGCUGGAGAAAUACCUCCAGUUCAGAAGAAGAACCCAGUCCUGUUUUGAAAACUUUGGAAAGGAGUGCUGCUAGGAAAAUGCCUUCCAAAAGUCUAGAAGAUAUUUCAUCAGAUUCAUCAAAUCAAGCAAAAGUAGAUAAUCUGCCAGAAGAAUUAGUACGUAGUGCUGAAGAUGAUCAAAAAGCAGAUCAGGAGCCAGAUACAAAUGAAUGCAUUCCAGGAAUUUCCACAGUGCCUUCACAGCCUGAUAAUCAGUUUUCCCACCCUGACAAACUCAAAAGGAUGAGCAAGUCUGUUCCAGCCUUUCUACAAGAUGAGAGUGAUGACAGAGAAACAGAUACAGCAUCAGAAGGCAGUUACCAGCUCAGCAGACACAAGAAGAGCCCAAGCUCUCUAACCAAUCUUAGCAGCUCCUCUGGCAUGACGUCCUUGUCCUCUGUAAGCGGCAGUGUGAUGAGUGUUUAUAGCGGAGACUUCGGCAAUCUGGAAGUGAGAGGAAGUAUUCAGUUUGCAAUCGACUAUGUGGACUCACUGAAGGAGUUGCAUGUCUUUGUGGCCCAGUGUAAAGACUUAGCAGCAGCGGAUGUUAAGAAGCAGCGUUCGGACCCAUAUGUAAAGACUUACCUGUUACCAGACAAGGGCAAAAUGGGCAAGAAGAAAACGCUUGUCGUGAAGAAAACGUUGAAUCCUGUGUAUAACGAGAUACUACGGUAUAAAAUUGAAAAGCAGAUCUUAAAGACGCAGAAGCUGAACCUCUCCGUUUGGCAUCGAGAUACAUUUAAGCGCAAUAGUUUUCUAGGGGAAGUGGAACUUGAUUUAGAAACUUGGGACUGGGACAACAAACAGAAUAAACAAUUGAAGUGGUACCCUCUAAAGAGGAAGACGGCUCCAGUUGCCCUUGAAGCAGAAAACAGAGGUGAAAUGAAGUUAGCUCUCCAGUAUGUCCCAGAGCCAAUGCCUGGUAAAAAGCUUCCUACGACUGGAGAAGUGCACAUCUGGGUAAAGGAAUGCCUCGAUCUACCACUGCUGAGGGGCAGCCAUCUAAAUUCCUUUGUUAAAUGUACCAUCCUUCCAGAUACGAGUAGGAAAAGUCGCCAGAAGACAAGAGCUGUAGGGAAAACCACCAACCCUGUCUUCAACCACACCAUGGUGUACGAUGGGUUCAGGCCCGAAGAUCUGACAGAAGCCUGUGUAGAGCUUACUGUCUGGGACCAUUACAAGCUAACCAACCAGUUUUUGGGAGGUCUUCGGAUUGGCUUUGGAACAGGUAAAAGCUAUGGUACUGAAGUGGAUUGGAUGGACUCUACUUCAGAGGAAGUUGCUCUCUGGGAAAAAAAUGGUAAAUUCCCCGAAUACUUGGAUUGAAGCAACCCUGCCUCUCAGAAUGCUGUUGAUUGCCAAGAUUUCCAAGUGAACCCAAAGUCUGCUGGCUCCUCCAGUGAAAACUACUGAGCAGGUGGAAUCUGAUCUUGAAAAUCUGACUGUGUAGACGGAGAUCCUCACCCUCUAUUGCCACUAAAAUGCCACAUAUGUCAAAGUCAACCUGCGUGUACUUCUUGGUUACAAGGCCCAAGAGACUGAAAUAGUAACAGAAUGUGUAACUUAUAUUUGCAGCUCCAACAUUAAAGAAGAUGUUUCAGAAAGCUAUUUAAAUCAAACUGUUGCUGCUGCUUCAAAGAAAAAGCUGCCAAAAAAAAUUAAAUGGGGUGAAAAAUUAAGUUGCCUUUUUGCCAUCAUGGGUUUCACACCACAGUCUUGUGGUGUAGGUAGGAGGACCUGUCCCUUGAUCCUUGAAAACCCUUCCAGGAACUGAAAAAAUGUUGGUUGUGGAAAAGAAUGACAGAAAGAUACUCCUAUGAGGGGAAAAAAAGGCAGAAUAUCACUGUUGAUAAAGAAGUUGACCAUGAGGAAAUUAUUCUGUAAUCUCUAUUGAAAUAUGGAAUUCCAGGAACUCUCUUGUGGCACAGUGGGUUAAGGAUCCGGUGUUGUUGAUGCAGCAGCUUGGGUUUGAACCCUGGCCCGGGAACUUCCACAUGCCAUGGGCGUGGCCAAAAAAAAAAAAAGAAAAAGAAAAAGAAAUAUGGAAUUCCAUGCUGGGGGAGUAAGACUUAAUUCUACUGCAUGUGUUUCUGCCUUGAGAAACGUUCCCUUUUCCCAGUGUUAAAAUCUCAAAUGUGCUUUGGUGCCACCCACAUGGCCAUAGGUGGAAUUCAGUUUUGAGCUUAAUUAGUCCUAAGUCUCAAGCCUGUAUUUUGUUAUAGAGCACGCCCAAUAUGUUAAAAAACAAAAACGAAACCCUCACAUAUAUGAUUCUGUUUUCCUUAUAUCUCUACUACAUUGAAAGCAGCAUGAGCAUGGUCACAGACAUGCCCUGCAACAAAGUUUUAAUUUGAAUGUAAAUUGUUAAAUUAUAUUGUACUUCUUAUGUAUGUAUAAUAUAUUUCAUAAAAUAUUUUGUAAAACCCUUAGCAUAAAUUAUUAUAUGAUUAA